UUACUUAAGCGUUACGUUUGUUCACUGAACCAAUACAUCGUAUAAACGUUUAAUGCAAUAAAAUAUUUUUUUUACUUCAGUUGAUCCAGUUUUUUAGUCAAAAAAUACACUGCAAAAUGCAGUUACUCUGCUUGUUGAUAUUUAUAGGAGCUACUCAAUGUGAUGAUUCAUCAGACACUAAGACUGUAGCGCCAGCUUGUUAUGAUAAUUUGGGAGUACCAAAUGCUGUGGAAUAUGUUUCACAUUAUACAUUAUCAGUUCAAACAUCAUAUAUAACUUCGGUUGAAUGUAUGCUAUCAUCAAAUCAUUACAUACAAAGUGGAUUUUCUGAAAUUGACAGCUCUUCAAAUGAUUUUUUAACAAAUUUAAUAACGUCAUUUAAAGAUGGGUUCGGAAAUAUAGAAAAUAUGAUAAACGGAUUGCAACAACCUGAUGAUGAAAAAGAAUCGCAAGAAAAAAUUAAAGCUGUAGUAUCAAUGACAGUUAAUUAUUACCAAAAAAAAGAUGUAACUGUUGAAAAAUCAGAAACAAAGCUCAGCGAAGUAACAGAAGUACAACAAGCGCAAUCAAUUCUAACAGCAAGACGCUGUGAAUCAUCUUACAUUAACUUUAUGAAUGAUGUUACGACGAUAAAAACAAAGUAUACUAGUCAAACGACUAGUAGUACAGGUACUAUUGAUACGAAUCAAUGGGCUACUCUGGUGAAACAGUAUUACGACGCAAGAGAAAGUAUCGUUACUAAAACGAAUGUGUACGCAUCAAUUAGAGAAGCGUUUUUGUUUGGUAGUGGGAUAAAUUUGUGUGAUGCAUCUGCAAACGCUGAUAAAACUGAUAAAUCUCUACUGGACAUAUACAAAACUGACGAUUUAUCAAAGUUCUUUGGAAAAACUGAUAAUGACGCAUCGGCACUUCUAUCUCAGACAGUCACACAAAUGUAUUCAAUUUAUAAGGCUUCAUUGACUACUAUUUAUUUAAAAUCUGUGGUUCAUUCAAAAAGUGAUUUAGCAAUGAGAGUUACAAUAUGGGAACAAGUGAAUCUAGUUCGAGCAAACUUUGAGUACAUGAGUCAUAACAUAGUAUUGUUUAUAAAAACAACACAAACAGACGCAGAAUCUAGUUUUGGUGCCAAUUCUGAAGAAUAUAAAAAAAUUAUGAUAGCCUUAUAUACUUCUGUAAAUAAAAUGCUUUUGACAGUUGUUAAAUCCACCGAGGUACAUUAUCAACGAGCGUUGAACUUUAAUCCUGAUAGAAGUAUGAUUAAAACCGAUUUCAAUCAAUAUAAAGUGGAUACAAUCGAAAAAUAUAAUGAGAAUAUUAUGUGGAGUAAUACUAAUGCUGCUCAAUAUGAUAUGCGUCUUAUUGAGCAAAAAGACUGUUCAUAUCCAUCAUCAAAAAUGUGUAUACCACAGGAUAUGUACUCAUUAGUAAUAAAUAAAUUAGUUUUUCAAACAUUUAUUUGUCAAGUAAAUUAUGUAUACAUACGAAUAAAAACAACACAGUAUGAUAAAACUAGUGUGGAUUCUUGGAUAAAUGAUAAAAUCACUAUGAUAGAAUUUCAAAAUGCAUUCAUAUUUUCCAAAUAUUCAGUGACUAUUAACAAAAUGUUUAUUGUAAAUAGUGCCACUUAUACAUAUGUUUUAUUGACCACAGACCAAAGUACUCAAUCUAAUGAAGUUCAACAAAUUAUGGAUCAAAUUUCAAGUGAUGUUGUUGGAGUGCUAUGUGUAAAUACUUUGGAGAUAACUGAGACGUAUAAUACUUUUGAUGUAUUUGUAGAUACAAAUUGUAAUACAAAAGCUAAAUCAAUAGUAUACAAACCUGAAAAACCGAAAACGCCACCUACCAGCGGAACACCCCCUACCGGCGGAACACCCCCUACCGGCGGAACACCCCCUACCGGCGGAACACCACCUACCAGUGGAACACCCCCUACCAGCGUAACACCACCUUCCAGCGUAACACCACCUUCCGGCGUAACACCCCCUACCAGCGUAACACCACCUUCCAGCGUAACACCACCUUCCAGCGUAACACCACCUUCCAGCGUAACACCACCUUCCGGCGUAACACCACCUUCCAGCGUAACACCACCUUCCAGCGUAGUACCCCCUACCAGCGGAGCACCACCUACCAGCGUAACACCCCCUACCAGCGGAGCACCACCUACCAGCGUAACACCCCCUACCAGCGGAGCACCACCUACUGGUAAUUAUCCACAACCGGGAAGCCCAACAAAUACAGGUAACAAAAAUAGUAAUGACUUAGAAUAUUCGUAUAUAAAAUCUGGUACACAAAUAACAAAAACUGUACAAUUACUACAAAAUUCUUUUAAAAACAAAAUAACAUCAAGUUUAACUUAUGUUCAAAAAACACAAGAAACCAAAUACACGAAAGUAGUAAUACAAUCAUUGGAAAUUUGUCAACAAAUAUCUCAAUAUAAUACAGAUUAUUUGGAUAGCGUAGCUUCAGAUUCAAUAAAAUAUAUAUCUGAAGUGACAACUCCUGGUUCUCAAGAAUAUUUCAACGCAUUAAUCGUAAUAUUUAGAGAUACACAGGAAAAAUCAAAUAUGCUAUCUACGUCGAUGGAUAUACCAUUUAAGAGGACAAAUAUGUAUCCAUUAACAUCUGAAGAAUACGUAUACGUGGUUCAAACUAUCGAAUACUCUGAAUUUGUCAAAAAAUUUUAUCAAUAUUUUAAAGUAAAUUGCGAUGAAAUAUAUAACUCAGAAAACGAUGCUGAUGUAUUCCUAACAAAUAGUAUAACACAAUUUAAUAAAAUAUACGAAACGGUUGUAACGGCAGUUCAACAAACACCGGAAGAUUCCUAUAAAACAUUUCUAUUAAGCUAUUUAGAAAAAACUAUAAAUGUGUAUAAACAAACCACCGACUGUUUCAAAGAACAAAUUGUUCAAACAAAAGAGUUUAUUAGUCAAAGUGGUGAUAACAGCAAACGUGCAUUUUAUCAAGAAAUCAUGCAACGGGUAGAUUCUAUUAAUGUAAUGUAUUCUAGUGUUCUUAUAAAGUCCUAUCAAUAUUCCAAAAAUACUGCCAGUGUUACAAUAUAUGAAUCUGAAUUUGACAUUGUCACUACUCAAACGGAAAUAGUGAGUAGUUACACCAGUAUCACCGUUGAGAAAACUGUAGAAAUUGAAAUAGAAGUGUCAAAUAAUUGAGUAUAAGAACUUGUAGCUAAGAUUUGAAAACGUAGGAGGUUAAAGUGGAGAGUAUUAGGUUAUAUAAAUUAUCAUUUUUCAAUUUGCAUAAAAUACAUUUUUAUACCACUAGUAUGAACUUGUAAUAUUAAUUAAAUUAUACCAUAAAUGUAUCUCUGUAUACAUUGUACAUGCAAUUAAGUAGACUUAAGAAUAUAUAUGUUUGGAUUAUUCAUAAAAAAAAUUACAAUAAAAAUUAAAAACAUUUAACAUGCA